GUCCUUACCGACUUUGUAUGUGCACCCAUCAUGCUGGGAUAUAAGUUGAUAGUAUGUUUCCUACUGUUUGCUUCGACGAGUGUGGCCGAGGAGGACAAGGGACUCGGGAACGGGACCUGGUUCACCGACGACGCUGUCUACAUCGAUGCACUCGUCAGUAGAAAGAAGCGCGCCGCGAAUGUCGCGCGUGGUGGAAAACAGCUUUUAUUAUUUCGGCUAAAUGAUGCCGCAGAGAGCGACUGUCAGACGAGUCUGGGUCGUCGGGGAAAAUGCAAAAGCUUCCGCGACUGUUACCCGCUGUUCAAGAUGGUCGACUUCGCCAACUACCCCGGCUGGGGCAUGGGACAGUACGACGGGUGUAAAUACACCAAUAGCGACAAGCUCGAGGUGUUUGGUGUGUGCUGUACCGAGCCUGUCGGUACACCUCCACAGCAGGAGCUCGACUUACAACGCUUCGGUCUUCUCAACCCCGCCCUACCCAUCUCUUCCCCUGUGUUGCCAUACGCUGGGUCAUCUAACAACCUGAUGCCCGCUUGGAUGUCAUCAUGGAAUACAAACCAGAGGCAGUUCAUCUCGCAGUGGCCGCCGACACAGCCACCGCUGCCGACUCACCCGCCUAACCACACUCCCGCCACGCAUCCACCUAACUUGGUUGGCUACCCGACUGCCCCUACGACACCACAAACUGACACCGUUUCUCAGUCAACGACAUGGGGAACCAAACCACCGAGCCCAAGCACAACGAAACAAACAUGGCCACCAGCGUACCCCACACAACCUACCCGACCGACUGCUCAGCCCACUCGGCCUCCUGCGCAACCCGGCACGGACAGCUCGUGUGGCAUAAAGAAUGGCGCUCUGCCGUACGGAAGCACGGAGGACGAGCAGCGUAUAGUGGGCGGCCACAACGCCGAGCUCAACGAGUGGCCGUGGAUAGUGGGACUGUUCAACAACGGCCGCCAGUUCUGCGGCGGAUCACUCAUCGACGACAGGCACAUUCUGUCCGCCGCGCACUGUGUCGCACACAUGACCUCGUGGGACGUCGCCCGUCUCACCGCGAGACUCGGCGACCACGACAUCCGCUCCAACUUCGAAACCCAACACAUCGAGAGGAAAAUCAAGAGAGUCGUGAGACACCGUAACUUCGAUAUGAGAAUUUUGUACAACGACGUGGCGAUAUUGACGCUGGACCAGCCCGUGACGUUCUCUAAGACGAUCCGGCCGGUGUGUCUGCCGACGGGCGGCUCGCGUGCGUAUACCGGACGCGACGCUACGGUCAUUGGCUGGGGCAGUCUGCGCGAGAGUGGUCCUCAACCCUCGAUCCUGCAGGAAGUGACCAUACCGAUCUGGUCUAACCAGGAGUGCCGCGCGAAGUACGGCUCGGCGGCGCCGGGUGGCAUCGUCGACCACAUGCUGUGCGCCGGCAAAGCUAGCAUGGACUCCUGCAGUGGCGACAGCGGCGGUCCUCUGAUGGUGAACGAGGGCGGGCGGUGGAUUCAAGUAGGUGUAGUGUCGUGGGGUAUCGGCUGCGGUAAGGGCCAGUACCCCGGCGUCUACACCCGCGUCACCUCCUUCCUCCCGUGGAUACAGAAGAACUCCAAGUAAACACAUUUGACACAAUACAAGUGCUGAUUUACAUUGAUAGAUAUUUUUAAUUUUUUGACAGGAAUUUAUUGGUUCAAUAGCGUUAUUGUCG